UGAAGACUUCCUUUGUGACUUUGUAAGUCUCUGUGUGAAGCCUAUAUUAAGUCAUUGAAUUUUGUGGGGUUUGGUAAGUGAAUGGUUCUGCUGAGCCAUUGCAUUGAUUGAGGUCAUAGGUCAGGGUUUUCUUCAAGCUAUUAUAUAUUAGGGUUUGGUCAGUUUGAAGUGCAUGCAAUAUUAUACCAGCUUUCUUUGGGUUAUGAGUUUAUUACUUCCAUAGCAUUUUACAGAACAUAUAAAUUGAUAUAUAUAGGAGUGAGCUGCCGCAAGUAAGUAUCAUGGUAGAGUUUUGCAUCCUGGGGUGAAAAGUUUCCUAAUUGUUGUUGGGAUAUAUAUAUUGAUAUACAAGAAUUUACUUGGAAUCUGGAAGAAUAGAGUUAUAUUGUAGGGCACUGCCAAUAUGGUGAAUGAGCAGGAACUUCUGUCAACAGAGAUUGUGCGUGAAGGGGUUGAGAGCUCUGGCCCUAACGCAGGAUCCCAGAAAUUGUCAAUUAGGGUUCAUCGGAAAUUGCCUGGCAUCUUGCACUCUGUCAAUGUCAAGCAUGUUAAGUUGGGGUAUCAUUAUUUGAUUAGCAAUGCUCUGCGUCUCUUAGUGAUUUCUCUUCUGCUUGUGAUGGUAGAAGCUUUAAGGAAGAAUGAUUUAUGGAUACUCUGGGAGCAGCCAAGCUUUGAUUCUGUAAGCUUGCUGUCUGUAUGUGCCUUGAUUGGAUUCAUUGCUUGUAUCUACUAUAUGUAUAAUCCAGGAGCCAUAUACUUAGUAGACUUUGCAUGCUACAAGCCAUCUGAUGAAUUUAGAGUAACUAGAGACUAUUUCAUGUCUCAUUCUCGGGAAACAGGGCUUUUUGAUGAGAAAAGCCUGGAGUUUCAGAAGAAAAUCCUAGAGAGAUCUGGUAUUGGAGAGCACACAUACUUUCCAGGAGCCAUUUUGGCUUCUCCACCUAGGCUGACCAUGAAAGAAGCUCGUGCAGAAUCAGAGAUGGUGAUGUUUGGUGCCUUGGAUGAGCUGUUUGACAAAUGCAAAGUGAAGCCGAAGGAUAUUGGGAUUCUUGUGGUGAACAGCAGCUUAUUCAAUCCAACUCCAUCUUUUUCUGCCAUGAUUAUCAAUCACUACAAGAUGAGAGCCAACAUUUUGAGCUUCAAUUUGGGAGGGAUGGGGUGCAGUGCAGGGAUCAUAGCUCUAGAUCUUGCAAAACAUAUGCUGCAGAUUCAUGAUAAUUCUUAUGCAGUAGUUGUGAGCACUGAGAACAUUACAUUGAACUGGUACCAUGGCACAGACAGAUCAAUGCUUCUGCCCAAUUGUUUGUUUCGCAUGGGAGGUGCAGCUAUUCUCUUAUCCAACAAGAGAAAAGAUAGAAGGAGAUCAAAAUAUCAGCUAGCCCAUAUUGUUAGAACUCAUAAUGGACAAGAUGACAGAAGCUAUGGGUGUGUUUUCCAAGAGGAGGACUCCAAGGGGACCAAGGGCUUGACAAUAUCCAAGGAGCUCAUGUCAGUUGCAGGCCAUGCACUUAAAGCCAAUAUAACAACUCUGGGUCCAUUAGUGCUUCCUUUAUCAGAACAGAUACUCUUUGUUCUCAUACUCUUUUCUAGAAAAGUACUGAAAAUGGAUGUAAAGCCCUAUAUACCAGACUUCAAGUUAGCAUUUGAACACUUUUGUAUCCAUGCAGGAGGGAGAGCAGUUCUAGAUGAGCUGCAGAAGAAUUUAUCAUUAGCAGAGCAUCACAUGGAACCAUCAAGGAUGACUCUUCACAGAUUUGGCAAUACAUCUAGCAGUACUCUGUGGUAUGAGCUUGCAUACAUGGAAGCAAAACAAAGGGUGAAGAAAGGUGACAGAGUAUGGCAGCUAGCAUUUGGUUCAGGAUUCAAGUGCAACAGUGCUGUUUGGAAGGCUCUCAAGACCAUUAAAAAUCCCACUAAAAACCCAUGGCUGGAUUGCAUUGACAACUACCCCGUAGAGAUUCCUGAGUUCCAGAAAAUAUGAUCCACUGAGUUUAGGAAAUAAAAUUCUGUCAUGGUCACCGAGGUGGAUGUCAGGGCAUUGAUCCUACUUUUCUUAUAUAUAAAUAAUUUUUA